AUGGCCAAACUUGAUAACCUUCAAGUAUCCAGCAUUGUCAGGAUCUGCUACUCAUCCAGAAGGGCGGGCCCGCACCAGUUGGCGGCGGUGGAACUGGUUAUAUUUGGCACGCAUCCAUGGCUGCAAAGAUGCCUUCCAUUUAUCCGUAUUGAGGUAAUGGGCUUCCUCGACGUCGGCGCCGCUGACGAUUAUCUAGCGCUCCUUGAAGUUGUCAUCAACUCCGGGUUAGAAUUAAAUGCCACUCUGAAGUCGAUAUUUCAAGGCAAGCUUGAGCUCUCCUACUCACGGUUCGGCUUGCAUGUUGAUGUCCAACUACACAUAUAA